GCUAAACACAUUAAUUCAAUAUGGCGGCUGCCACUGGCAGAAAAAGUUUGAUAUUUAACAAGUUGUUUAUAGGUCUGUCAUCGCGUCGAUUUACUUCUAUUUUCGUGACAAAAGCUAAAAUACUUCAUUCUGGAGAAAGGCCAAUUGACAAGCCUUCACAAGCAAAGAAAUUCAGUCUUCCCAACACAAGUAUUACCUCAAGGACACUUUGUACAAAGCAACAAGAUGCUAAGUUUGUUCRAGAUUUAAAAUCCAGUCCUCCCCCUGCUAUCUGGCUUGGGUUUAGUGGAGCUAUACCUUUUGCUGGACUUGCUGGUUUAUCAAUGGUUACUCCUGAAUACCUGGACAUUAUUCUUACUGCGCAAUGUGGUUAUGGAGCAUGCAUACUUUCAUUUUUAGGUGCAAUACACUGGGGUUAUGCAUUGUCUAAGGACACCCAUCUCAAGCCUAACUGGGGUACCCUGGGAUACAGUGUGUCCCCAUCACUUGUAGCAUGGUCGGCACUGCUUAUUAAGCCUCAGUAUGGACUGGUUACUAUAGCAAUAGGGUUGCUUUAUGCACUUUCUAAGGAUCUAGGGACUCCAUCUUUUCCUGGUUGGUACCUUGCAUUAAGAAAGGUACUGACAACAAUAGCUACCUCGUCUUUAUUUCUUACUGCUGUGGUUGCCUAUAUGAACUGACAGAGAUCCAGGAAAUGACAGUGCCGUGCUAACAUGGAUAAAUAAAAGUGCAAAAAGAUGUA